CCUGGCCCAUCCUAAGCCACCCAUCCCUCCAGUGUGCUUCCCACCUAGAGACAGAGUUCUUCCAACCAUGAUGCCCAUCUGCAUCGACCCAGAGAGCAAGCCAGGCGAAUACGUCCUCAAGAGCCUCUUUGCCAACUUCACCAUGCUGUCUGAACACAAGAUUAGCAUCAUCAUGGCUGAACCGCUGGAGAAGCCAUUAUCCAAGUCUCUCCAGAGAGGUGAAGACCCCCAGUUUGACCAACUGAUUAGUACCAUGAGCUCUCUGGCUGAAUACUGCCUGCCUUCUAUCCUGCGCACACUCUUUGACUGGUACAAAAGGCAGAAUGGCAUGGAGGAUGAUUCCAGACCAAGACACAGCACAAAGUCCAAAAACGAUGACCAUCAGAAGGAUUAUUUGCUGGAGAGGAGAGAUCUGGCAAUUGACUUCAUAUUCUCUCUGGCGCUAAUAGAGGUUUUAAAGCAGAUGACACUCCAUCCAGUCCUUGAUGACUUGGUCAAUGAAGUCCUUAACUUGGCAUUUAAGCACUUUAAAUACAAAGAGGGAUGCAAUGGUCCCAACACUGCCAAUAUGCUCACUGUAGCAGAUCUUUAUGCAGAAGUCAUAGGAGUCUGUGCCCAGACCAAAUUUCCAGCAGUGAAGAAGACAUUUCUGAUGGAGCUGAAGGAGCUGAGAAAGAAGGAGCAGAGUCCUUAUGUGAUCCAGAACACUGUUAGCCUUAUCAUGGGUGUCAAAUUCUUCAGGAUUAAAAUGUAUCCUGUGGAGGAAUUUGAGGCCUCUUUCCACUUCAUGCAGGAGUGUGCCCAGUAUUUCCUGGAGGUGAAGGACAAAGAUAUAAAACAUGCCUUGGCUGGGCUGUUUGUUGAGAUUUUAGUUCCUGUUGCUGGUGCUGUGAAAAAUGAGGUGAAUGUUCCUUGCCUAAGGAACUUUGUGGAGAGCUUGUAUGACACAACCUUGGACCUGUCUACCAGGAAGAAGCACUCUCUGGCCUUAUAUCCCUUGGUGACCUGUCUGCUGUGUGUGAGCCAAAAGCAACUCUUCCUGAACAGGUGGCAUGUCUUCCUCAGCAGCUGCCUCUCCAAUCUCAAGAAUAAGGAUACCAAAAUGGCGCGGGUUGCCUUGGAGUCUCUGUAUCGCCUGCUGUGGGUUUACAUGAUCAGGAUCAAGUGUGAGAGCAACACAGCCACUCAGAGUCGCCUAAACAUGAUUGUCACUACGCUGUUUCCCAAGGGAUCUCGCAGUGUGGUUCCAAAAGAUAUGCCACUCACUAUCUUUGUCAAGAUCAUUCAGUUUAUUGCUCAGGAAAGGCUGGAUUUUGCCAUGAAAGAGAUCAUUUUUGACCUGCUUUGUGUCGGAAAACAAGCUAAAGCCUUUAAUUUGAAUCCAGAGAGAAUGAACAUAGGACUCAGAGCAUUCCUAGUGAUUGCUGAUAAGCUGCAGCAGAAGGAUGGAGAGCCCCCCAUGCCUAAUACGGGUGCCACCCUUCCCUCUGGCCAUGCCCUUAGGGUGAAAAAGACCUACCUGAGCAAGACACUGACGGAGGAAGAGGCCAAGGUUAUUGGAAUGGGCCAUUAUUAUCCCCAAGUUAGGAAAGCUGUUGACAGCAUCCUGAGACAUCUUGAUAAGGAUGUUGGUCGCUGCAUGAUGAUGACCACUCUGCAGAUGUUCAAUAAGGAGCCGGAGGACAUAAUCACGGGUGAUAGGAAGCCAAAGAUUGACCUGUUCAGGACAUGUAUGGCGGCCAUUCCACGCAUCCUACCUGAUGGCAUGUCUAAGGCGGAAUUGAUAGAUCUACUCGCUCGGCUAACAAUCCAUAUGGAUGAUGAGCUGCGGCUCAUUGCCCAGAACUCCAUGCAGAGCCUGUUGGUGGACUUCCCUGACUGGCGUGAGGAUCUACUGUUUGGUUUCACCAACUUCCUCCUGUGUGAUGUGCAAGAUAUGCAUCAGAACCUACUGGAAAGCUCCCUAAAGCUGUUGCUGCAACUUCUCACCCAGUGGAGAUUCACCUUACUCGCUGGCAACAAUGUCCUUGACACAGCCAAAAUCUGCCCCUCAAAGCUCUUGCAGUCAGGCUCCAGCCCCAGACUACCAGCAGACCGCAGUGGCCACUCCCUGGUGAUGCAUGCAGUGGAGGGUCUGGCCCUGCUGCUACUCUGCUCCUUACAGACAGUCACACGCAAGCUGGGUGUGGCCAUCCUCAAAGAGGUCCACCUCCUCCACCUCACAAUUGGAAGGGAUGAGAAUGAUGAGAUGCCCAUGAUUGAAGUGCUUGACCAGCUGAGCCCAGUGGUACUAGAGUCCUUUCUCCACUUGACAGGGACAGACAUGGGGAGUGUACCAGACAUGGGACCAUUGUCUGUGGGUCAUCAUGUGGACCUGCAGUGGCUUGUGGAGUGGAGUGCUGUAUUGGUGAACAGUCACUAUGAUGUGUGGAGCCCAUCUCACCUGUGGAUUUUUGCCCAGUCUGUGAAGGACCCCUGGGUUCUCUGCCUCUACAGCUUCCUGCACCAGGAGCACCUUCCCAAGCACUGCCCCACAGCUCUAAGCUAUGCCUGGCCCUACGCUUUCACUCGCCUGCAGCACCUCCUACCUCUAAUAGACCUUACUAAUCCUGUGUAUACCAAGAGAACUACAGCAAGUUGUGGAGACUAUAUGGGCCUGUGGAGAAACUACAUCAUCCUGUGUUUUGGCAUUGCUAAGCCCAGCAUCAUGAGCCCAGGCCACCUAAGGGGAUCCAGCACUGAGAUCAUGACUCUUACCACAGACGGCAGUGUCAGCAAUGACUACAAGGUGAUGAGGAGCCCAUCUGUAGCCUGGCUCCUGAAACAGCUGGUCCCUUUGAUGAGAGCAGAAAGCAUUGAAAUCUCUGAGUCUGUGGUUCUCGGCUUUGGACGUACAAACAGCCUGGUGUUCAGAGAGCUUAUUGAGGAGCUUCACCCUCUUAUGAAGGAAGCACUGGAGAGGCGGCCUGAAAACAAGAAGCGACGUGAGAGGAGAGACCUGUUGAGACUUCAGCUGCUGAGGAUCUUUGAGCUGCUGGCUGAUUCUGGAGUCAUCAGUGACAGCAGUAAUGGGGCUCUGGAGCAAGAUACACAGGCACUUGGGGCUCUCUUCCUGGAGUAUGUGGACCUGACCCGCAUGCUGUUGGAGGCCGACAGCGAUAAGGAUAUUGAGAUCUUCAAAGACAUCCGUGCUCACUUCAGUGCAAUGGUGGCCAACCUCAUCCAGUAUGUCCCAGUGCAUCAGCGACGGUUCCUCUUCCCCCAGCAGAGUCUACGUCAUCACCUCUUCAUUCUCUUCAGCCAGUGGGCUGGACCUUUCAGCAUCAUGUUCACCCCACUGGACCCCUAUAGUGACCGCAACCAUCAGAUUACAAGAUAUCAAUACUUUGCCCUUAAGGCCAUGUCAGCGGUGCUGUGCUGUGGUCCUGUCUUUGACAAUGUGGUCCUGUCUCCAGAUGGCUACCUCUAUAAGUGGCUGGAUAACAUCUUAGUUUGCCAGGAUCCGCAGGUUCACCAACUAGGGUGUGAGGUGAUCAUCUUGCUGCUGGAGCUCAACCCAGAAAAUAUAUACCUGUUUAACUGGGCUGUGGAUCGCUGCUACACAGGCUCCUACCAGCUAGCCUCAGGUUGCUUCAGAGCCAUCACAAAUGUCUGUGGCAGCAGGAACUACCCUUGUGACUUAGUGACAUUACUGAAUUUGGUCCUUUUCAAAGCCUCUGACACCAAUAGAGAAAUGUAUGAGAUUUCAAUGCAACUAAUGCAGAGCGUGGAAGGAAAACUUCUGUCCUACUCAAAGAAGUCAGCCGAGCAGAAGCCCAGCAGUAUCCUGUAUGAAACCCAUCGGCCCUUACCCCCCCUCUACAGCAUCUCUCUUUCCCAGCUGUCUGGCCAGCUGGCAAGGAUGUACCCGGAGCUUACAUUGCCGAUAUUUUCAGAGAUAUGUCAGAGGUUUCCCACCACCCAAUCUAGUGGGCGACAGAUGAUGCUCACCUACCUCCUUCCCUGGCUGCGCAACAUUGAGUUGGUGGACAGCAGCCUGUGUCCCCCCCUCUUUAGUCCCAGUUCACCAGAGGUGGAGGUCAGGAGCCGGCCCAGCCCCACACUCACCGACCACCUGCAGGGCUCUGGCUGGGGCUCACUACAGGCUACCAAUCUGGUGCUCAACAACCUAAUGUUCAUGACAGCCAAGUAUGGGGACGAUUUGCCCGGCCCAGAGAUGAAGAAUGUGUGGAGUGCCCUUAUCUGCCAUGACAAAUGGACCAACAAUCUGAAAACCACUCUGCAGUUCCUCAUCAGCCUAUGUGGCGUCAGCAGCAACACCGCACUCUUACAUUAUAUUAAGAAGGUGGUGAUCUACCUGUGUCGGAACAACACCACUCAGACGAUGAAGGACCUGCUGUUUGAGCUUCAGCAGACAGACCCUGUCAAUCCUGUGGUAAUCCAUUGUGACAACCCUCCCUUCUACCAGUUUGCUGCAACCAGCAAGAUCCCCAUUGCCACCUCAGGCACCACAUCUAGUAGUAACACAGUGCUGGCAGGACAGGAGAGCUUCCCCGAUACAGAUGAGGCAAAAGCAGGCAACGAGCAUGAGGACAGAGUCACCAAAACUAUGCGAGUCCACAAUCGUCUGGAAUUUCGCAACAGUAACAGUUCAGGUGGCUCCUAUGAUGAGGAGAAGAAUGAACCUUUGCUGCCCUUCACUGACUGGCUACUGAGUGUCCUGGAGACCAAUCAUCCACUGCCUUUGCCCAUGCCUGUAAAUGGAGGGUGCUGGUCACCGCUUGUGGACUAUCUGCCUGAAACCAUCACCCCCAAAGGACCACUGCACAGGUGUAACAUCGCAGUGAUCUUGAUGACGGAGUUGGUGGUGGACCAUAGUGUGAGUGAGGACUGGGCACUUCAUCUACCCUUGCUCAUACAUGCCCUCUUUCUGGGCAUGGACCACUACCGCCCUGAAGUGUUUGAACACAGCAAGCUUCUGCUCCUCCACCUCCUCAUCACCCUCUCCUGCAAUAGCAACUUUCACGUCAUUGCCUCAAUGCUCCUGCAAUCUAAAGAGAUCAACUGCAUCAGGAACUUGACCAUCAGACCCAGCUAUGAGCCUGAGUGCCUCUACACAGGAGGACCUGACUUCUUGCGGGCCCCAGUGCUGGACUCAGGCCUUACCUCCUCCUCCACCUCCCUCUGCUUCAACCUGGAAGACAGCAGCAGCCACCUUCCCCCCAGUCCCCUUCAGAUGAAUGAGCUAGAGCCAGCCACAGAGAUAGGGGAGAAAACAAAAAAACUUAUAAAGUUUCUCACCAACAGGUCAUAUGGGCCCUUAUGGUGCCAUGAAGACAUCACUUUCAAGAACCUGGAAUCCAAGAGUACUCAGCAGCUCACCAACUUCCUCCACCAUGUGCUGUCUGUGUUCAAAGAGUCAAAAUCAGACUGCAACCUGGAAUGGCAGCUCAGUGAGGUGUCUCUGCAGACUGCGCUGUGCAGCUCAUCACGUCACUAUGCUGGCCGCUCAUUCCAGAUCUUCCGGGCUCUGCAGCAGCCGUUGUCUGCUCAUUCCGUGUCCGACCUGUUGUCCCGCCUGGUGGAGGUGGUAGGGGAACACGGAGAAGAGGUGCAGGGUUAUGUGAUGGAAGUUCUUCUCACGCUGGAGUCAGUAGUAGACAACUUGGCAGAAAGCCUCAAAAACAAUGACCUGAUGGCAAUCCUGACAAGAGCAACCUCUCCCGACCUCUUGUGUAAUGGAAAGCUGACAUCCAGCAGGAAGAGCACUGGCGAACUGAACCUGUUCUCAGGUCCUUCCUCCUUAGAGCACAACCGCCACCAGAGAAGUUACUCUGUCCCCAAGAAAUUUGAUGAGGCAAAGUACUCCUCCCAGGUCCCACGCAGUGCCACGCUGGACUCUGGUGCCUGUACCCAUCAGAGCCAGAACCCCAUCCCCUCCAUGGACUGUUUCAGCAACUCCACCAGUAUUAACCACCCUAGUAAUCUGCUGACCACCAUCUUCUGGGUGGCUGUGUCCCUAAUGGAGUCAGAUUUUGAAUGUGAGUACCAAAUGUCCCUGCGGCUUCUGAGCAAGCUGCUGGCCCACCUGUCUCUGGACAGGCCGGAGAAUCAGGAGAAAAUGGAGAAGCUGCAAACUCAACUGAGGUGGAGUAGCUUCUCUGGGCUGCAACACCUUUUGCUCAAGGGCUUCACCUCAACCUCCAACACAGAGCUUACGCUUCAGCUGCUCUGCCAGCUUACACCUAUCUCACGGGCACCUGUAGUGGACACCUCACAGGCCAUAGGUUUCCCUCUGAAUGUGCUAUGCCUACUCCCCCAUCUUGUGCAGAACUUUGAGUGUCCUACACAGUUUUGUAAAGAUGCUGCUGAGAGAAUAGCCCAGGUAUGUCUGGAGGAUAAAAAUUGCAAAUUGUCCAAUCUGGCCCACGUCAUGACUCUGUACAAAACUCACACCUACACACGUGACUCCACCUCCUGGGUGAGCGUUGUAUGUCGCUACCUCCAUGAGGCCUUCGCUGAAAUCACCUUCAACAUAGUUACCUACAUGGCAGAGCUGUUGGAAAAAGGCAUUCCCAGUAUGCAACAGACCCUCCUACAGAUAAUCUACAGCCUCCUCAGUCACAUGGACCUCAGUGACAUUCAAGCCAAGCCUUUUAAUGUAGAAGUACUCAAGACAAUAGAGACAUUUGUUCAAACUUCGCACUGGAAGGAAGCAUUGAACAUUUUGAAGUUGGUUGUGUCGCGCUCAGCCAGCCUGGUUCAGCCGACAUCCCAGCCCAGCAGCCUCGCACAACUGGAGAGCAACAGUGUGUGGAAGAAUUCCUCUAAGAUCCUACCAGGGAAAACUCUGGACUUCCACUUUGAUAUUUAUGAGACUCCUGUGAUUGGCCGAUGCUUUGAUGACCUUCACGGCUCUCGGAGUGCCAUUGCAGUGACACACAGCACCUCCUCUACCUCCUCUGCCUCCAACUCCAACACUGAGCUGGUGCCUGUUAGCUGGAAGAGGCCACAGUCCUCACAGAAGAGAACUAGAGAUAAACUGGUGAAUGUCUUAUCUCUGUGUGGACAAGAGGUCGGAUUCACAAAGAACCCAUCGGUGAUUUUCUCCUCCUGUGGGGAACUAGACCUCAUUGACCACCAGCCAAGUCUGGUGUCCUCAGACGACGGGACACGUGACCAGGACAACAUGGAUGACACUACCUCAGAGCAGCAGUUCUGGGUCUUCAAUGAUUUUGACUUCCUUGAUGUGGAGCUGGAGGAUGGAGAGGGAGAGACGGCAGAUAACUUUAACUGGGGUGCUCAGCGGCACUCCAUGGACAGCCUGGAUAAAGGUGAAUUGCAGACUCUGAAGGAGAGUGAGCUGUUGGGCAACACAGUACACCUGGAACAGACAGUCCACCAGGACUCAGACGAGUCAUCAGAGGAGGAUUCUCUCACGGCCAGCCAGAUUCUUGCACACUCACAGAUCAUGGUCAGCCUCUCUCCAACUGAGGAGAUGAACAACAUGGAUUGCCCGUCAACCUGCUUGGACACAGCCUCUACAGAGUCACCUCUCUUGCACACCAGAACACCCAGUUUUGAAAUCUCUCUCCCUUGGGACACAAACCGACAGCCUCAGACUGAGCUGCCAGUAGAGAAUGAGGAGGGUCCUGUUCAAGAAGGAGACCUGCCGCGCCCACUCUCUGUGGAUGAGCUACCACUAACCUUUGCCUGUGCUGACAGGAUGGACAUGAUAGAGGGAGAAAAGAAGGCAGAGCAGGAAUUGGAAGCCAACUGUAUGCACAGCUCUUUGCUCUGCAGGGGCAGUGUGGAGCAAUACAGCCAGGCUGGAGAGGUACUGGAGUCGUGCUCCUCCCCACCUCCUUCUCCCUUCUUCUCUGCCAUCCUGGCAGCAUUCCAGCCCGCAGUAUGUGAUGACGCUGAGGAGGCCUGGCGCAGCCACUUCAACCAGCUGAUGUCCGACAAUGAUGGCUCCUCCGCUGUCUACACAUUCCACAUGUUUGCCUCCCUUUUCCAGAGUAUCCGGACAAAUUUCUGCUUCUUGACCUAUGAUGCUGCUGGUUACCUUGGCGACAGCUUGCGAGGAAUAGGAUCAAAGUUUGUUAAGUCUUCACAAACACUGACAUCCUGUGCGGAAUGCCCUACUCUGUUUAUAGAUGCUGAUACUAUUAUUUCUUUCGGGUUGCUAGAAAAGAUUAAAUUCUGUGUGCUGGAACUACAGGAGUAUCUUGACACUUAUAACAUCAGAAAGGAAGCAGCAAUAUCAUGGUUACAUAACUGUAAGGCCAGCUUCCCUCUAGACUUAAGAGAUGGAGCCAUCACAUGCCAGACAGGAGACAAUGAGGAGAAGCUGCUCGAACUGUGUCAACGACUAUACAAACUCCACUUUCAGUUGCUGCUGCUAUUUCAGUCUUAUUGUAAGCUUAUUGGCCAGGUGCAUACAAUAAGCACUGGGCCUGAGCUUUCCAACAUGUCCAAGGAGCUGAGUGACCUGAAGAUGAACUUAAGAGCUGCCUCAGCAGACCUCCCUGCCUUAGAGAUGCCCUGUUUUGUACCCACCUUCUGCUCCUCAGAGGAUGCUAUACAGGCCGUUUUGGAGAGUUUGAAAACCAAAGAGUUGUCCAAAGCCAUCAGUUACAUUCGCGAGUGCAGGAGGUUGUGGCCCAGUGAUAUCUUUGGCAGUUUCUCUGAGGAUGAGAUCCAGACCCUGCUCCACAUUUACUUUCGGCACCAGACGCUUGGUCAGACAGGAAUAUUCUGCCUGGUGGGUUCCAGACAGGACCUAUCACAGAUCUGUAUGAAGCUGAUGGAGCUCAAUAGCGAGAUCCGGGGCAUUAUCCGUCAGGCCCAAGGCUACCGGGCCAUCACUGCCUUCCUGCCAGACUCCAGUGUCUCUGGAAUUAGUCUUUGAAUUACUCAGGAUGCAGUAGGAAUGAGGUGUCAGAAUGUAGUCAUAUCUAAUGAUAAUUAGGAUAUCAGAGGAAAAGCACCAUGGAACUCCUUUUAGGAGCCUUGGUUUUUAUUGCACUAAUAUUUCUGUGUUGAGCACUGAAUAUAGGGACCUCAAGCUACACAAAGUAAAUCUUCAUCAUCAGUCAACCAGAUGACUGAUAUCAAGGGGAAAUGUGCAAUGUGAAAUAACUUUUUGUUUCUGAGCUGAAGUGCUUUUGGCAACUUGAAAUCAGACUGAUUUAUUUAUUUUUCCAUUGCUCUUAUGAAACUUUGUGCAUACACAGUUAUUAACUUUAAAGCAUAGCUAUGCUUUGGCAAAAUAUGUGACUACUGAUACAGGGUACAAAUCUACUAUCUGAAAUGUGGGUGACACUAAGGUUUGUUCUUUACUUACAUAUUUUAUAUUGUUUAAUGCAGAUAUCCACUUUCUGAUUGUAAGAUAUUUAUUAUCUUCACAUAGAGUUAACCUUAAUUGGACCUGCUAUGGAAAAGAAAAGAAAAUAUUAUGUUUGUUGAACUGCACAAAAAAUAGAUCUAAUUAUUUAUUGGUAUGAAAGACAAAAAGUGCUUAAACGGAAAGAUGCAUGUAGUAUUGGAGCACUGCUGAUAUUUGUAAGUUGUUAUUUUUAUGUUUGUUGCUGUCAAAUAACUGUGUGCAAAUAAAUGGUGCACAACUGUAAAGGUUGUUUUUUGUGUGCUCUCUAAACACCUGUAACAAAAUUAAAAUAAUUACAAAUGGA